AGCCUCGCCCCAUUGUGGCCGCCGCCAAUGCCGUUUUUAGCGUUGCGCUUCUCGGCUCCCGUCGGCCCGUCGCCGGACGCCUGCGCGUGCGUGCCGCCUCGUGCGUUCGGCCUUGCGCGACCAGCGAACUGCAGCGGUCGCUGUUUCGACGGAUGUGGCUGCCGAUUCGCAGUCACUCGCGAAGCUUGCGGCGCCCUUUCGUGCGCGCGCUCGCCUUCGCGGCCGACGCGAUCGGCGCGAAGUCAGACUCCCGAGCGAGUAUUGCGUAACGGCCGGCGGCGCGCGGAUAGGAGACGCGCGACGUCGCGCGAAGCGAUAACAGGCAGAAAGCGGGAGAAGGAGAACGAAAAGAGAGAUACGCGGAGCGCGAGCCUACACGCCCGAGCGUGCGCGAGGGAAGGGAUCGCGGCGACCGGAGGCGGCGUCGGCGAGACGGCGGCGCGAGCUUACGGCGCGCCUUCAGUCGAGUGCGGCGCGCGGCGGUCGUUGCAACAGGUGUGUGCCGAGCAGACGAGUCCAUGAUGACGGAGAGCGUGUCGGUGACGGUGCAGCCGGGCAACAGCCAGCCAGCCGGCAGCAAGGAUGGCAGGCUGGCCGGACUCAAACUCAGUCCGCUCUACUUCAGGACCAUCCCGGGGAUGCUGAAGCUCGCUCAGCUGAUUCUCGGUAUCAUAUGUAUGGCAUUGGGUGGACAUGGAUGGUACAUGUUUGUCUGUGCUGCAGCGUUCGUUAUUACAUUGAUUUGGUGUGUUAUCUACUUUUUCUCUGUACGAGAAUCCCUCAGUUUACCUAUAAACUGGAUACUGACGGAAUUAUUAAAUACUGCAAUCUGGACCGUCCUCUACUUCACUGCAUUCAUAGUCCAAAUAACAACUUUAUUUCAUUGGGGAGUGUACGUGGCUGGAGCGGUAUUCUGCAUCCUGAACACUCUGAUCUACGCAGCAGGCGCCUACUUUCUGUACCUGGAAUACAAGAACUAGUAAUAUCGCAUCGGCGAGCGUCGAACGCACAUCAGUUAUACACCGAGUCAUAUCUCUCUUUCUCUCUCAAAGAAGUCCUCAGAACUGGCCGAAAGCACGCGUCGCCACAAACAAAAAGCUCAUUAUUUCCCAUCGACGUUCACUUUCCUUUCACUUAGAAUUUUGUUUGAAAGCUGCCUAACGUUCUCGAGUUGUCGCACGGCGAUCGUCCGAGAACAAUUUUUAUACUUAAAAAGAGGGGGGUUAACACGCUCGCAUGUAAAGCGACCAUUAUAACGCUUGACACUAAACACACACACACACACACACACACACACAUACACACCCACACACACAGUGCCUUAUAUGUAUACAUACCCGUUUGUCAUUUUUGCCUAGCCACACUUCUAUUCCGCACGAAUCGAUGUACUCGUCGCGCGCGCGAGUUUGUUUGCGACUGUUUGUUGUCCGUUCACUAAUUCUCCCGUCGUUCGCCAAUUUGUCCACGUCGGGUGUAAUUCUCUUCUAACGAUAUCGAAACGCAAGGGGCAGCCUGUGUUUGAGCGACGGGUCAUUGUCCAUCGAUUCACCGUUUAAACAAGAAUGGAAAAAAAAAAACAUAAUAUAUAUGCAAAGAAGGUAUGGCGUUUAUUAUUGCGUGGACAGCUGCAUUUACUAAAAAAAAAGAAGAAUACCGAGUGUCGUCAUUUCUAUAACAGAUUAUUAUAUAUUUGUUACUUGUUAAACGAAGAUAGUCGAGUUUUUAAUAUAAAAAUGAAAAGUAUAUUUAUUUAUCUUAUUGUAACAAUUGUCUAAUAUAUUAAUAAUUUUUCAGCAUUAAUCUGUAUCAAUGUAUUUGUAUGAUUGAGCAGCGUAAAAGAAAAAGCUUUCUUUUUCCUCUUUUGUAUAAUAAUAUAAAUACGGUCGUUCUGUAUUUAUUAUUAUGCCGUACAUCCGAGUCGCUAUUUUUACGUCGAAAUAAUUA